AGUUCUCUUAUGUUCGUUAACUUAAUGAUUGAGUUUUGUAAAAGUUGUAAUUCGAACAUUUGCUUUUAUACAUUUCCGUGAUGCAUGCUUUCGCAUGAUAGAAAAUAUAAUUAUCCGAAAUCACAAAACUGUGUACAAAGCUUUCCAACCGCGAGGCAUGCUUUCAUAGAAUAUGGAUUACAAUUAUCUGAAAUCGCAAAGCAAUGUAUAUAGAAUUCACCAGCCACGCUAUAUACCUAGCUUCGCUAAGUAUCAGCUUAGAGCUUCAGGAAAGUUUACAAAAAAUGUACAAUGGAAGAAUUCGUCAAAGGAGAAAGUGUUCGACAUAACCUACAAAGAUCAUAAAGCACAUAACAUGAGCAAACCAGAAGUUAAAGAAAAAGAAGACAUUUCAUUUAUAACAGCGCGUGAAGAGCUUAGACGUGAUUUUUCAGGUAAACCAUAUACAGCCUUUUCCUUUCAAAAUGACAGACCACAUGGACAUGUUUUGCUACGAGAUGAAAGUAUUGACAAUCCUGGACAUUUUGUUUCGAAGGUUGAGUUUAAUCCUGAUUUCAAACUUACACAGAAGAGAAUAAAUCAUGCAACAGGAGUAGACAACUAUGGAACGACAAUACAUUCUGACGAUCAAGGAGAACGAUUUAAUUACAGUCCAAUAGGGGCUCAUCCAACUCAACUUAUACAAUAUGAAGCAAAGGAUGAACUCAAAUAUCCGUUUAAAUAUAGUCAGAAAGAAAAUGACGAUAAAUACGAUGAGGAUAGGAUUCCUAUUUCUUAUAUGAAGGAAACUCAUAGUUGUGAAUAUAGUCCAUCCAGAGGUUCCAUUCGCCAAAUUGUGAACGAUAUUCAAGAAAACAAGCGGUGCUAUAGGAGCACAGAAAACGAUGAAACCGAUUUCGAAAUGCCAAAGUGGGCAAAAGAUUUACUGUCAAGAAAAUCUUCAUUUAGUCAACGAUUCCAACAAAUAAAAGAAUCAAUACAGAAAUGGUCUUUACGAAUACGAAGCAAUAGGACGUCGCAGACAUAUGUAACACGUCACCAGACACCAUCAACGUAUAUACCUGAUGGAACCCAGAUAAAUAUAUCAAGGUCAAAUUUUGCUGACAAAGAAGGUCAAGGAAUACACCAAAGGAACAAGACAAAUAAUGUAGUAAUGUGUAUUUUAGGACUAUUUCUGAUAGUUGUAGCAGUUUUCCCCGUUAUAAGUGUCAUUUAUAUAUAUACAGACAAGUCAGCUUAUGUAUCGAUUGAAAUCCAGAUGAGUUUUAAUAGCUCAGUGUCACAAAGUCUUGAUACAGAUUCUUUGACUCUCAGUAUUUGUCAAGAGAUGAAUUUAGCUUUUAAAGCGGAUGACUCUUUCUUUGGCUGUAAUGAAACACGUUUUAUAUCCAAUUUGUUGGAAACUGAUUUAUUGUUAGUUUUUAAAACCGGCAACUUUCCAAACGAUAAAAUUGUUGUUAAUACAGUUAACAUUCAUUUGAUGGAUAGAUUUGUAGAUUCCAGUUUCUAUUAUAUACCAGAUUCAUUGACAAUAAUAAAAUACGAAUUUAUAAAGGGACGAUUACUUGGCAGUCUUAGUUAUAUAAGGACUUCUAAAUGAACAAAGAAAAGGCGAUUUUUGUGUACGAAAUUUAUAAAUUUAUAAAAAACGAAAUUUGAGAUUCAAAUAAGGCAAAAUAAAACCUGUUAAAUGAAGUGCAAAGACUAAGUUUCGGAAGCACUGGAACCAUAUACAGAACAUUAAAAUCAUAUUACGCAUGUGUAUUUUAAAGAAAAAAAUGGACUUUCUUAAUAUAGUCUGUAGAAAUUUGAAUGACAUCACUUAUAAACGUAUGACCAUUAGUUGAAUUAGGUUUAUUUAGAUUCAGCAGUAUCUUUUUCAAAUGAUAAUUUUGAAGGAAGUGUUAUCCAUAUAAUGAUACUCAAUAAUAAUAAAAAGGUAGAAC